UUGGGAAAUUUUGGUCGUUAUGAUAUCUUCUGGGGUUAACUUGGUGAUGACUGUGAUUGGAUUUGCGGUGAGCACUAUGUUUAUCGUUUUCGUUUGCACUAGACUCAUCUGUGCUCGAAUUCACUUAAAUGCUUCUCGCCGAUCCCUCCUUGUUGCUUCCAGAUCCAAUCUCAGUCUGCUGGAGCGAGGAUUUCAUGGUCUUGAACCCAUAGCAGUAGCGAAUUUCCCGACGAAGAAGUACAGUGAUGGAUGCUUUGCUGCUGCAGAAAAUUCUCAAUGCACAGUUUGUCUAUCGGAAUACCAAGGUGAGGAUGUACUACGCAUCCUCCCCUAUUGUGGACACUUCUUCCAUGCAACCUGCAUAGACCUAUGGCUGCAGCAACAUUCAACAUGCCCAGUUUGUCGAAUCUCAUUGCGCAAAUCAUCCGAGAGGAAACGCAUAAUGCAACCAUUGUUCAGCGCCGUUGUUCGAUCCAAUUUUGGUGUGGAAUCUAUUGAGGCUCAUCCUUAUCACUGUAUGAUGGCUAAUAAUGAGUUAUCAUCAAGAAACCCUGAUAUACAAGAGGAUCAUUGUGCAGCUGAAGGGGGUGGAACGGUUGCUAUAGAGAAUGUUACCAAUUUAAGUGAUGUUGAUCAGUCCAUGAAAGAUGCAGAAAAGAAGCAUUUAGAGAGCCCAUCAAUCCCUUUAAGCUAAUGUGGCCUGAACACGAAAUUGAGGUAGAGUUAUUAUAUAUGCUUCUUAGUUGUAGUAAAAUAUGAUGAUAUGCUGGGGGGCCGCUUCUUGUUCUUAAUUUUAAUUGAUUUGCUGUAUAU